UGGCGUCUACCUUUGGUCCCCGCCUAGCGGCGCCGCGAGACUGGGAAGCGCUGCUCCGCCGGAGGUGGACUCAGCGGCGGCGGUUGGGAAGGUACCACUGAGGCGGGGAGGAGGGGACGCCCACUCCGCUCUCCCUCCUUCCCCCCCCCUCGCGGCUCAAGAAGAACCGGUAGGAACGGGACGCCGGAAGGCGAGUCCCCCUACUCCCGGACCUCAGUGGAGGAGCCAUCCGAGGGAGGAAGGGAGGGGCUCCUCCGAGGUGGGCCAGUCUGGGCGGCCCCGCCAGGUGGAGGGGGGUCCUUGGGACCCCACCAAUCUAAGGGGGCGGGUCUGGCAAGGAGGGUGCCCUGGAGCCCCCCAAGGAAGUGGGGCUGCGCGAUACCCAUAAUAAUAACAGCAACAAGAGCAUUUUAAAGGUUUUUCUUCUCUUGGCUUCGUCUUACCAUCAUGGGAGAGAUUAAAAUCUCUCCCGACUAUAACUGGUUCAGAAGUACAGUUCCUCUUAAAAAGAUUAUAGUAGACGACGAUGACAGUAAAGUUUGGUCACUCUAUGAUGCAGGACCCCGGACUAUCAGGUGCCCCCUUAUCUUUCUCCCUCCUGUCAGUGGGACUGCAGAUGUCUUCUUUCAGCAAAUUUUAGCCCUGUCUGGAUGGGGCUACAGAGUCAUUGCUCUACAGUAUCCAGUCUACUGGGAUCUUUUUGAGUUCUGCGAUGGAUUCAGGAAAUUAUUAGACCAUCUCCAGCUGGAUAAAGUUCACCUCUUUGGUGCUUCUUUGGGAGGCUUCCUUGCCCAGAAGUUUGCGGAGUACACCCAUAAAUCUCCCCGAGUUCAGUCUCUAAUUCUGUGCAACUCUUUCAGCGACACUUCAAUCUUCAACCAAACAUGGACAGCAAACAGCUUCUGGCUACUGCCUGCCUUUAUGCUGAAGAAAAUUGUUCUUGGGAACUUUGCAUCUGGUCCUGUAGACCCAGAGAUGGCCGAUGGAAUCGAUUUCAUGGUUGAUAGGCUGGAAAGCCUGGGCCAAAGUGAACUUGCUUCAAGACUUACCCUCAAUUGCCAGAAUUCCUAUGUGGAACCUCAUAAAAUCCGAGACAUUCCUGUCACUAUCAUGGAUGUGUUUGACCAGAGCGCUCUUUCAACUGAAGCCAAGGAAGAAAUGUAUAAGUUGUACCCCAAUGCCAGGAGAGCCCACCUCAAGACGGGAGGCAAUUUCCCUUACCUCUGCAGAAGCGCUGAAGUCAACCUCUAUAUCCAAAUCCACUUACUCCAGUUCCACGGUACCAGAUACGCUGCAAUUGAUCCUUCCAUGGUCAGUGCAGAAGAACUAGAAGUCCAGAAAGCCAACCUCCAAGCCAGCAGCGAGCAGGAGCCGCAGUAGUUUCUGGACUCUCACUCUCACCUCAUCCGGAGAAUCUCUCCCCCGCCCCCCAACUUCCUUUGCAAUCACAUCUUUCCUAUCUGCCUCUUCCUUUUUAACCGGUUAGAACUGUUUCCUUGAGCUCAGCCGGAUUGGUUUCAUUAAAUGAAAUGCAACUACAGACGCUUGCUUAUGUCACUCCUGACGGGAUUAAUUUGGGUGAUAGAGGUGAAACUGUGGAAGACUCAUUUACAUUCUCCAAAAAAACCACAAAAAAAACCAAGACAAUUUUUGAUACCAAAGCCUUCACAAUUGUGUUCUUAAAGAGAAUGGUCUUUAAAAUAUAGAUAUAUAUCCAUGCAGAGUGUGUGUGUGUGUGUAAAUAUAUCAUGAGCAAAUUACAUUAUGUAUGGAAGUUCAUUUAAUUUCAUUGAAUAUUUAGUUUCAAAAAUGGUUAAAAGUGCCAAUGUUGCUAUUAUUUACAUUUCUUUAUAUACUUUUGCCACUUAGUGACUUCAUUUGAGAUUCAAGCACUCAUUUUUGUAUUUGCGAUCUGAAUAAAAAUUUUGAAUAAAAUUUCAGUUUGAAAGUGGUC